AUGUCGAGGACUGUCUCCGCCGGGUCCAUCAAAGCGAGACCACCAGCUAUAUCCACACGAUCCUUCAUACGUUACGAACCAGACAAUGCAUCACCCUCGUUAGGACGAAGCAGAGCCAGCACGAUCCAAUCCAUUCCCUCUCUGAAAUCUCCCACAAAAUCAAAAAAUGAGAAAGAAGACGUAUUUGACACACCGCCCGGCGAAGAGAAUGAAGUGCUUUCUCCGGAUCUGGGUCGGUCACCAUCCCUACCAGACCGGCUCGACGAGCUUCCCGUCGAAUUGGCAAGCCUGUCGGACAGAUUCGUCGAGUCCCUAGGUGCCAAAGUAUAUAAUGAACCACCUUCCAUUGACCAGCUUUCGGAGCUGUUUCAAGAGUUCUAUGCUAAGGCCUCCGGGGCCAUCUCAAUUCACAUCUCGACUCUCGGAUCCCGGCUGAAUCGGGAUCCUUCGCCAGCGCCCUCAAAGGCCUCGUCUAGGUCCAAGACCUUGAAAAGCACAUCCUCCAGCGAUUCACUAGCACCUCCGAACAACCCUGGAGGCUUUCAGCAAAUGUUGACGGCCUCGGAAGUGACCGAGAGACGAAAACAGAGGAGGAUGCUCGAACAUAAGAGGAUUCUGUUGGAGGAAGCCGUCGAGAAACGUGUCUGCGAGAGGAUAUACGACAAGAUAUGGAGACACAAAAGCACCUUGGAUGAGGUGCGAGAUGAGAAAUUGAGGUCAAAGACGGGCGCUUUAUCGCUAGUCGGAAUUGGCUUGAAAGAUCUAGGAAUUGAAUGGAGUUCCGAUAUCGAAAAGACCCCUGAAGAUGUGCAGGCCUCACUCCUACCCGCAAGUGAAGGCCUCGCGAAGAUGAACGAAGAACACUAUCCGCUGGGGAAAUUGCAGCAUCUGACUGCUGCCCACAAGGCCAUUGUCGACACUCUCUCUUCGAUUCAUCCAUCCUCGUCCUCCGCGGACGAGAUUCUACCUACGUUGAUUUAUACUCUGAUCACGACUCCUUUCGAGGGAAUCAACAUCAUAAGUAACCUAUUCUUUAUCCAGCGCUUCCGAGCGGCGGCCAAGAUCGACGGCGAAGCAGCAUACUGUUUGACAAACUUGGAGGCGGCUGUUAGCUUUUUGGAAAAUGUCGACCUGGCAAGCCUCAGGGCAGAUGAAUCUCCAGAGGGGCCGAAAAAGGCUGCAACCCAGCCUACAGAGGAAAGCGGAAGAACACUCGAGGCCUUCCCUACGCUUCCAGGUCCUACCCCGGCCCCUUCGACACCACCAACAGCUACCUCAAUAUCCAAUGUUCCGGGGACAACCGUGGAAGUUAGCCCGGCAACAUCAAUACUGAAACCCUUACCAGAGAAGGCCUCAUAUGUGCCUGCAACCCGCCAUCAACGAACCUUUUCUGAUUUGUUGCAGCCCAUAAGUAACGCUAACGAAGCCAUGCGCUCCACGGCGGAAGAAGGAUUCAAGAACAUCUCGAGCACCCUGGACAACAGUUUUAAGUUCCUGAUGGGCAAGUUGAAGGAGCGGGGUACUGAGGGCCCCAACGCUGAAGUGAUAGUCCCGAAAACAUUGGACGAAGCUAGACAGUUGGUUAGUCGACCACUCACGCCCGAAGAAGACGACCACGCCUUUAGCGAGUCGAGCUCAAUCCAGGAUGGCCAUCAUACCCCAAUUCCAUCCAAUUUGACCAAGACCGAGGACAAGAUCCUGAGUCUGCUCGGCGGCCGCAAAGCAGCCGUGCGUGAGCGAAGUGUAGACAGUGUCAAAAGCAGUGGAAGUGGAAGCGUGCGAAAGGUGACCUUUACCUCAGGAAAUGCGGCUUCUCCGCUGAACGAUGGGUCUACGACGACCGGCACAGCUAAGUCAGCCCCUUCAGCAACUCAGCCGACAAGCAGUAAUCCUCUUGAGUCUGUUAAGAAUUUCGGCAACAGCAUCAACCCGAUAAGUCAUUUAGGCUCUGCACUCGGCGGUGCAUUUGGGCGCUUUGGGAGCCGGGUGACCGCGUCCGCAUCCCCUCCCGCGACGACGCCAACGCCAGAGGCUUCAACAAACCUAACAAGCCAGGAUCAGGAGCUGGUGGAAACUGGAAAAAGCAGCGAGUCGGGCACAGACGAGGCCCAAGCUGUCCCGUUACGCACCCCUGAUGCUUCCGAACUACCCAGUAUUAAAGCCACACCGCCUAUAUCACGCUUCAUGCAACUUACAGAUGCAAAAGAGCUGAAGAUUGGUGAGUUGGACGAGCUGCUCGCGGACUAUCAGCGUCUGGCUAGAGUGCUGGGCAGGCUUGUCCACCGUGCUCAAGAGGAUGCAAAGCCAGAGAACGGUGAGGCUGAGGCCUCCACAACAACAAGUGAAGAUGGUAGAGUGUGA